AUGAGUUACAGAAAGAACAAAAUUUCAUCUGGGUCUUCAUCUCCUGCAAAUAUAUCAAGAAAAGUUCCAACUGCUUACCCAUUGAUCGGUCACAUCUUUGCUGCUCCCAAGAAUCGAGACCUAAUGAUGCCAUGGAUAGCUGAGGUUCUCCAAAACUCCCCAAAUGCAACCUUCACUUUCAAGAGUUUUAGCCGCCGAAACAUCAUAACUGCCAAUCCCGCCAUCGUCCAACACAUCCUUAAGACGCAAUUCUACAAAUACCCCAAAGGCCCCUUCUUUCGCAAAAAUCUCUACGACUUACUUGGUUCUAGCAUCUUCAACGCUGACGGUGAUCGCUGGAAGUUUGAGAGACAGAUCUCCAGCCCCGAAUUCAACACCAAGUCCCUCCGCAAAUUCGUCGGCACCGUCGUCGAGGCAGAGCUCUCCGAAUGCCUCCUCCCUCUCCUCUCCACUACCAACGUCGAGAAUUCUGUGCUCGAUCUACAAGACAUCCUCCAAAGGUUUGCAUUCGACAACAUCUGCAAAAUCGCUUUCGGUUUCAAUCCGAAAUCUCUCUCGCCGUCUUUCCCACAGCCACAAGCCAAAUUUGCCGUCGCAUUCGACGAAGCUGUAAAAUUAAUUACCGGACGAUUUCCUACCAUGUUUCCAGUAGUGUGGAAGAUAAAGUGA